CACCACACACUUCCUGCUCUACUGGGCUUGUAUCAGAUAGUGCCUGCUUUGCAGCCAAGCUCCCUCCAGCCUGGCAUACUUACUUACAUAUACACACAGGAGAGACCAAAGAGCUGUGAUGGCAUAGUACCCAUCGGCGCAUGAAAUGGAUCUUCGACUCUUAUGGUGGAAAAUCUACAUCUGGACCCAGGCCCAGAUUUGCUUUGGAUCGGGGCUAGGUUCUGUCUCUGGAUCCAUCAGUCAACUGUCCAAGAAAGACAUUGUACUCUUGGCUGCUGAUGAAGACCCGAAGUGCUUCACUCGGACACAAUAUGAACUCACUUGCUUUUGGGAAGAGUCCAAUAACAAGUCUUAUAAUUUCUUCUACUCUAUUGAAGAUGAAGAGAAGCUGUGCAGUCUCACACAGCAGAAACUGGAAAACACCACCGUGGUUCACGUGUGCUCAUUCCCUUCUGAAGAUGUUUACUUGUUCAUCGUGAUAGACAUCAGAGUGGUGGAAACGAGCACAAACAUCACAAUUUAUCACCGAAAUAUCAGUGUCGAAGAUCAAGUUCUGCUUUAUCCCCCCACAAAUGUUUCUCUGUACGUCACUGAGGAAGCAGGACAACUGCAGGUGACAUGGUCCAUGCCUGCAGAGUGGAGGGAGAGAGUGCUUUAUGAGUUAAAAUACUCCUCAUCCAGCCUGGAGCAGAAAACAGAACCAGUAAAGAGUACAAAGUCGCUGGUCUACAGAUUGAACUCUGUGGUUCCGGGUAAGGUGUGCAAUGUGCAGAUGCGAGUCAUUCCAGAUGGCUAUGGCUUCAGAGGACAUUGGAGCGACUGGUCUCACCCCACCAUGGCCAUGGUGCCUCAAAGUGCAGGUGAUAUUGAUUUAGUGUGCCAUACUUCUGAUCUCCACAAUAUUCAAUGUCAGUGGAACGAACAAACAUCUGGUGAAAGCUCAAACUACAAACUCUUCUAUAAGCUGUGUCCCAGAACCAGUGGUCACUGGCGAGAGUGCACUCGCAGAGAAACUGCCACUCAGUGCGUCUUCCCUGGAGAAGAGUCCGGUGCCAUUUGCGUCAACAUCGCUGAUCGUGGGCCACACGCCAGGCUCUUCUACUCUAAGCCUUUCAGGAUGAAUGACAGUGUUAAAACAGGCCCUCCACGGAAGCUGAGAGCAGAGACUGAAGGAGGCCGGUUGUGUCUACAGUGGGACCCCCCGCUCCAUGAUUUGUCCAGAUUCUUGAUGUAUGAGAUCCGCUACUGUCUCCAGGGAGAGUGCCAGUGGAAGCUUGUGACCCUGCAAAGCUCUGAAACGAACACAUGCCUCGACUUCCAAGCAGGGAGUCAGUACGCUAUGCAGAUAAGGGCCAAGCCAGAUGAAUCUACAUAUAGCGGAUUCUGGAGUGACUGGUCUAGUACUCUCAAAGUCAAUGUGCCCUCAAACAUUGCGACUGUGCUGGUUGCAUGCGUCCCAUUCGUGGUGUUCUUCAUACCAGUUUUGUUGUUCGCCACAUUCUCAAAGCAUUUCAGGAAGAUGAAACAGCACUUGUGGCCCCCAGUCCCAAACCUAGAUAAGGUGAUGGAAGGUUUCCUCACGCACAUUAACCAAAACUGCCAGAAUCCAUCCUUCAAUAUCAAGCAGUGCUAUGACGACACCAUCACCUCAGUGGUGGAGAUAGUAUCUGAGAAAGAGACCAUGCUCAGUGAGAAAAUCCAAAGGGAGCCAGUCACAAAAUGCCUCUCCGACCCGGAGUCUGAUGAGGGGGAGACUGCUGAGGAGCGCGUGGAGAUCCUGGAGUCCAGUCAAGAUUACGUGACCCUGAAUAGCGAGAGCCUCACCCCGUGCCUGUGGGGAAACGAGUACGUGUACGACCAACGGAAGACACUGAGCACAGGAGAGGAGGUCCUCCAGAUGAGGUGUCACUGCUCCAGUGCCAUGACCUCCAGCUUUCCCUCCUCCACGGACAUCUUCAACCAGUCCUAUCUCCUACUGUCGGGGCAGCCCAAGGCGCCUCUGCUCAAAAAGACCGCCGGAGCCACCAACCAGUACACCAACCUGGAGAGCACCGCACAGCAAACGCCUGCAGACUGACUCUAUGGGAAAUGUUGAAUAGAGUUCAGUUUUACAAACAAGACACAAAUCCAGGCUGGAGUGGUCAUCCCCAGUCAUUCAAAGCCUCUGUCACUUAGCAGCUCCAAAGGGACUUCCUAGUGCCUGGGCAGCAGUUAUGUUCUUUGAUCUCAACUUUACAAAUUGUGGUUGACCAUUUUCAUAUUACCAUUUCUCUACCAGAGAAUGCAACUUGCUGCUUCGCUAAAGGAUAAUCAGUGGAGCUCACUCAAUAAAGCCAAUGAAUGCCUGUGAUCAUCUCCCUUAAAAUGAGGUUAAGAAGUAGUUCUUCCAGAUCUCAGGGAGAGAUUGGGUCAUUUAAAUGGCUGCAUAGGGAGGCGGUAGGUUACAUUGGAAACUGAUCUUCCAGGAAACUGUCUCACCAGGUAGUUGCUGGUUUAAAUUCUGUGUUGCAUUUGUAGCCUUGAAAAAUGCACUUAAUAUAAUUUGUUGUGGAGAAAACGUUGUGAUACUGGUCUUGAUGUAAUCACUGGGGAGAACUAGCUGACAGGGGAGGAGGGGGGUCUGGAAGUCCUUUACAAUGCAUAUGAAUGAGUUGUGCUUCUUGCUUUGGUCCCUUGUACUUCGGGUCAUUUUACAGUACUGGUACAUAAACAUAUAAUAUAUCCAAGAUGUACCUCCGCGUAAUUAACCUUCCUUUGUUUUGUUGAUAUAAUUGUUGUAUUAUAUCAACCCAGUUUCUGUGUGCAACUGCUAAUAUUUUAUAAAAAGAAGCUUCUGAUGACAUGAUGGCUUUAAAACUAUUAUAGGGGUAUUAUAGGGGUAUUGGUAUAAGUUAGUGGUUCACAGAAAAAUAUAUAAUCCAAGUACUCCAACAGUUUGCAGAGCGAUGUUAUGCCUCCAGAGGUGGUACAUGUGUAUAUGCCCUGAUUAGAAAAAAAUAAUGUUACAUUUUUUUAAUGUGUAAAAUUGUGUUUUAAGGCAUUGUUGCAAUUUUACUCAUCAUGUAUUGCUUAUCAGUUUAGUAAUUCAGCAGACCUAGUGAGAGAUGACAGAUGACAGAUGACCCAUGCAGGAAGUUCUGUAGGAUUUACGGGCGAAUUGUGUGCGGCUGUGUGUGAGUCUGUGAAACUGUAAAUCUCUUUCUUUAACUUAUUCCUGCUGUACCAUCAUAUGGCAUUUAACCUUGCUUAGGGAUUGGGACAAUGUAUCAUUUGCUUGCAAUAAAAAAAAUUUUUUUAAGUAUGCAAAAGUGCAUAAUCUAAAUCAAAGUACAUCAUUCAAAUCCAAAUGUCCUUCCUAGUUGAACUAUCAAAGUUAAUUUAAUCAAUAACAUAACAUUGCAUACAAACAAGUUAAUUUAAAACCUUGAAUAAGAAUGGUGUAACAAUG